AUGCGCGGCUACAUGGCCUUGAGUGCGAGCCGCGGUCAAGCAAAGGCAGAGCCGCCCGUGCGGCCCACGUUUGCAAUGUUCGCCCAACACGCCGACUACUACCGACAAGAAAUGUAAGUGAGAGAGAGAAAACGAUGGAUGCGGAACAUGGAAAAGGACACGUGCGUACGUGUGCCUUUCAUCCUUGUGUUAUAUACCUUAGGAGGCAGCAGAGGCAGGCCGUCAAACAGCAACAGAGCCAGCAGCAGCGGCAGGUAGACGUCAUUUCAGCGAUCCACCCAUCACCCAUUCACGCCGUCCCGUUGUGUGAUGCAUUUUCGGUUCAGGAUGAGAUCCAUGAUAUGUACGAGGAACGCCUGCGAGAAAUGGAGCGGGAGUCGCUGUAAGCAGCCAAAAAUUCAUGACGCGGAUAUCUCACUCAUCCAUUCAUGUCUCUCUGUGUCUACUCAGAUAUUGGCAGGAGGCGGGGAUCAAGUAUAAGGUCUUGUGUGAGAAGCUGCGCGCCAUGACUGCUUAUGGCGGCACGCUGCCCCAGGAGCUCAUGGACACCCACAUGCACCACUUGGUAGGAAUACAUAUACUGUACGCUAACACACACAUCAUGACCGUCUGCCGAUGUCCGACUCGCUGCAGGCCGCCAAGUAUCAACUCCCCUCGCCGAACAUGACCACCACCAACAAAAAGACCCCCAACGUACCACCCACAGGUGAGCUGACACAGGAUGCACGCACAGGAUGACCAUCCAUGGUGAUCCUUUCCUCUUUCUGCCUGUAGCUGCCUUCUCCGUGCCCUGCCCUGUGGACACGAGUGAGCUGGCCAACACACUCAACAAGCUGGCCCACAAGGACCAGCCAGGUGAGGAGCGACACACGUGAAUGUACCUGUAGACCCCAGCCAAGAUGUGCUGUCCAUUCAUAUGUGUGGUGUCCUUGUCCAAUGGGUUCUUGUUGCAGUGCUGCACGGCGAGGCCUCUGGUUGUGAUGCUGAGUACGGCACCAGCCGUCCCGCCACCGACAUCAAGGGUGAGAAGAGCAAGAGAUCCAUCCAUACAUAGAGCAGACCUGAAGUCUCGCUCAUUGCGCCCUGUGUGUGCCUGCAGGCGCCCCGAUGGGCACGGUGGCGUCACUCACGGCCAAGUACGAUGGUGCCAGACUGUUUGCUCCCUCGCGUGCUGCUGGUGGUACGCAUGCACGAGACAACAGUGACACACUUUUGCGGAAGGGAUCUCGCAUUUGUUGCAGUUAGGAGUAAGUGCGUGUUGAAGCCGGCGACCCUGCAGGGUGCGACUGCCCCUUCAUCCUACGUCAACCCAAUGCCCGCCAGCAAUAAGCGCGUCCGUUUGUGCAUACACAAACAGACAAGACACAUACAUAGAUGCACACGCGGUCUCCAUUUUAUCCUGCGUUGCAGUUGAGUACACGGUGAAGGGCACCCAGACGUACCUGCGUGAGCAGCACGACGGCGGCGUGCAGACGAUCUACACGCCUCCCACACAGGCCAUCUAUCGCGGCGAAAGAUACGGCCACAACUACUACAACGUGUCUAAAGAAGCCAGUAAGCCAUUUCAGACACACCACACAAGUGAGGCAUUCGCCCAUCCAUUUAUUGAGCUCCGUUGUCCAUUUAGAUGUGCAUGGUGCGUUAGCCCCCACACACCCCGCACUGCUGGCCUCCAUGCGGUCCUCCCGGAACUAUGGCGGCGCGUGCAGGGCGACUCAGGGCAUGCAAACCGAGGGCGCCAUCGUAGAGGGCACCAUGCGCGACCGGUACGCAAAGAGGGAGGGACACUCAGACGGCACAGGAAAAAGAACGGACGGCACAGACACCCAUUUGUGGUGUAUCUCCCUCCUUCGCUUCGCGCUUUCAGUAUCAGUGUGCGUUCGUAUUAUUUGGCGGAGGCCAACCCGACCAGCACACCCGAGACCAACUGGCACGAGGUAACCAACCGCCUCACACGGAGACACACCUCACGAACGCGAGACGGAUGGAUGAAUGGAUGUGUGUGUGUGUGUGUGUCACCCACCCACCAGGCGUCCAUGGUCGAGCUGGACGUUUGCCAUUUCUUCUCUAUCCUUACCUGCCCUAAUCAUCUGUCUACUUAUAUUUGUUGUAGUUGAUGAUGCUUAAAUGCCGCGACCCGCAUGGUGAGACCGCGGCGCCCAUCGGCGCGCAUGCGCCACCAGCCAUGCCGACUUCGUCCCAUUUGAUGCAGCAGCACUUCCGCCACCCGCCUACCAUCGCUGCAUCGGGUGCGCUGGCCCCGCAUGCCCCUGGCUGGGGCUUCAUUUCACCCGCUGCCGCCAUGGCGCCCCAGCGUGCCCCACAAACAGCAGCAGCACCGCAGCGCCACGCCGUGGCCGUCCGCCCCAACAUCGCCGCUAUCCCGAGGGCCACCCCAGCUGCGUCGAAUGCCAGGGAGGGAGAGAGGAGGGUGGAGGAGAGGAGGGAGCGUGAGGAGGAGAGGGAGAGGGAUGAGGAGGAGAGGGAUGAGGAGACUGCCGCAGGCCAGCAGGCCGAGGACGCCCACACACACCGACACACACCAACAGCAGCAGCAGAGGGCAAGGAGAGGGCCGAGGGGGACCACUCGCAGCAGCAGCAGUAGCAGGACAGCCCGGAGGCGGCGACGGCCGUGCCGGCGGCAAGUGCGUCGGAUGUGAGCCCGUCAUCCCCUAUUGACGCACCCACCUGCGUAUUGGUGGGCUGAGACACGUACACCUGAUGUACACGAAUUCGCAUGUCUCUGUACUUCUGUGUGUGUGUCAGAUUGCUGCCUACAUUUUAUGUUCCGAGGCUCUUAUCCAUCCACCUCGCCGCCCACCCGCAGCGCCGUCAUGCCCCGAGAAGGAAUCCGAGGAAUUACGAGAAGGCUGGUUUGUCUUGUUCUUCUUACCCUUUUCGAUUCGUCACACAGGGUUCUGCAGGGAGGACUUCCGAGAGGCCAGGUGGCCCGACACACCCCUCCUGUGUGCCGAGAGCAUCGACAGCCAGGCUGACGAGAUCCUUCACACGCCUCGUCGCCCACCGCCCAGCCAUCGGCCCCAACCGGCUCCCUCCACGGCCGGCGUUCCCCCCUCCCCGCACCGCCUACCCGCCACAACCACGACCCGGCACAAACCUACCCGUCCACUGAGUGCCCCCUCCACCCCGCCCUCCGCUCCUGCUGCGGACCACCGAGCACCAGGCGCCGUCAGCGGCAGCAGCCGCUGCCAAGAAGGACGGCAAGGAGCUCUGCAAAAAGGGCUCCCGAGACGACGAAACCGGCCCACCAGCGGUAUAUGCACUCACUGUCAGACAGGCGGCAUUUGUGGGAUUGCGUCUUUCUCUGUCUAUCAGCGUCGACGAGAAGCUGCAGCGGACCCUCCCCCACCGCCCCGCCAUCCGUCCCAACCGGCCCCACCAUCAGCUGCAGCAGCAUCCGGCUCGCGGACGCCGGGGAUGUGGCCAGCGGCAGGUGGCCUCACUUGAGGAAGAUGUGCGCCAUCCCCACGCACACCGACGGCACCGACGUGCCCGAGGCCGCCAGCUGCUGCCGCAUCCCUGUGAUCCGGAAGCGGGUCAAGGAGGACAGGAGGUGGCUGUUCCAGGACCGGUAUGAGAUGGUCGUGCACAACAUCAUGACACACCUGGCCAUCUCACGCCUGGCGCAGCCACCCUCCCCGUCUGACCCGCCCACCAUCGCCGACGAGCAGCAGCAGCAGCACGCCCCGGCCGGCGUUAUGUCCGACCCCAUCGCCCACUUCUACAGGGAGCUGGUGGCGAGCAGCAACUACGGGUGGUGCGGCCUGGCGGCCACAGGCAACCCCUUCUUUGCUGACAUUGCGAAGGUAGGCACACGAACGAUGCCGGCAGAGACUCUACAAUGUGAUGACCUGUGUGUCAUCUCUCUCUCCGUGGUCAUUGUACAUACAGGAGAAAGGGGACGAUCCGCUGGGGUUCGUGCAAGGAGGAAGCGAUUGCUGCCUUCAUUUUAUAUUUGACGGAUGGCUUUGCUUCAAAUCCCCCGCCUCACAUCGUUUCUCAUCCCAUCAAUGUGAGCACAAUCAGAGAGAGUGGCAGACUCAAGAGUCAGGGGGCGGCAUGCUGUCGUCUGUAGACACAGGAGCUCCAAGACAGAAGCAAAAUCUCCCAGGUGGUGUGGGGCACCUUUCUUCGCCACACCUUUCCUGGCCUGCGGGAAUGGGCAGCGGCUUGGCGAAAACGAGACGACCACGGCCAUCAAGGUGUGCGAGGCCGACGAAGUCCUGCCGCCCGACGACGCCCGGAUAAUGACGGUGCCCCUCUAUCCCCCCGGCCCCCCCACCAGCUGCAACUCGGUGCUGCCGCUGCCCGAGCAGCGGAAGCCGCUGCUGAUGCAGCAGCACGGCCUCCACACCGAGGAGGAUUGGGCGGCGUGGCGGGCCGAGAAGGCCACCAAGUCGGGGCUGGACCUCGACGACACGGGGGAAGUGUGCAGGUCGCUGCAGACGCUGGGGGUGGAGGGAGUAGAGCAGGAGGUGGCGCGAGUGGUGAUGGUUAAGGACAUGUUUGACAAAUACAUGAUGAUGCGUGAGGUGAGUCACACACAUACGUGAAAGGGGAGAUGACAGACGGAGGGAGAUGCGCUCAUCUGUCCUGUCUGUGCGGUGUGUGUGCAGACCGUGGUGCCGGUGCUGGAUAGCGAGUAUGACAGCGCCCUCUCCAGCGCCACAGCCGAGGAGGACAUCUUGGCGGCCGGGAUGAAGCGGGCCAGGGGCGAGAGCAGCGGCAGGACAUUCGUGUGGGGGGACCUGACGCCGUCCAACGCCCUGGUCGCCAUCAGCAGAUACGAGCUGCAGCUCAAGGCCGGGGGCACGGGUCGGUUCGUGCUGCCGAGUGUGGUCUUCAUCGACCCCAGCGGCACGUCUCGCGGCACGAUCUCGGCCCUUUCCGGCAAGACCAGCUACGAGACCAUGGAGAACAAGCUGCUGGCCGAGCUGCGGGAGAAGCUGCCUGAGGGCGUCGACUGGGGCGACGUGGCGGGCUCGCUGCUCGAUUACGGGUGGGCUGACGAAGAGGAGGGCGUCGAGAGCGGGGGCGCUGACGGCGGGGAGGACUUCUGGUCGGCCACCAAGUCGGCCAUGGAGGCCCUCCACCCGCCCGGCGUGUACGUCUCGAGACACCUGCCCCCUCCCCCAGGCAUCGACGUCGACAAGGCGGCCUUCUUGUACGCUAGGACCUUUGAGCGCAGGGACCGGUUCCCGCAGCAGGAGAAGCACCUGGAGCGCAUGGAGGAGCUGGGCAAGACGGCCGCCUACGAGCGCAUCUACACGGAGGAGCUCUUCAAGGCCAAGUGGCCCGACACGCUCCUCCUGUGUGCCGAGGGGAUCGACAGCCAGGCUGCCUGCCAUGCCAAGGCCGACGAGAUCCUCGGCACACUGCGCGACCGCCACGUGCCGGCUUCGCUGGUCGACCCGGUGGACCAGUGGCGGAAGGAGGGCGUGCAGCUGGAGCGACUGGUGGGGAUGGUGAAUGAGAAGGACAUAAGCCUGCUGGAGGCCGCCACAGCCAUCAUCUAUACCCACACCAGUGCGAGGGCCGACGAGAGGGGCGAGAAAGGGCGGCUGCCCUUGAUCAGCGACCAGCUGGGCCAGCUGCUGCAGGGGUGCGAUGCCGUGCCCUUCAUCCUGCCCCCCUGCCCAACCCCCUCCCCCUCCCCCGCCCCCAGCAGUCGAGUCUGA